CCGUCCGUGAUGACACCCGUCCCCCCUGUUCCGAGGGCGACUUAGUCGCGCCCGUGACGAAGUCAGCCCGAGCCUCCCACGCACGCCCCUGGCCACGGCGCCGCUGCGCCCUCUCCAUGCCGCUGGCUCUCACGUGCGGCGAGCUCGCCCGCUGCAGCCCCUCGCCCGGCUCCCCGGGACGCGGCCGCGUCGGGCCCGGCUUGCCCAGCCCCGGGCUGCGGCGGCUCCGCGGUCGGGCCCGCCCGCUGACGUCACCGCCUCGCCCCGCCCCCUCCAGGGUCCCGGGCCCUGGCGGCGGGGCUGCCCCGGGGGGAGUCAGUUGAGGCGGCUGGAGCUCGGCGGACGGCCGGCCAGGUCCCUGGGCCGGGCCAUGCCGAGGAAGAAGCCCUUCAGCGUGAAGCAGAAGAAGAAGCAGUUGCAGGACAAGCGCGAGCGGAAGCGAGGGCUUCAGGAUGGGCUGCGAUCCAGUUCCAACAGCCGCAGCGGGAGCCGGGAGCGGCGGGAGGAGCAGACCGACACCUCGGACGGGGAGUCUGUGACCCAUCACAUCCGCAGGCUCAACCAGCAGCCGGCCCCAGGGCUGGGCCCGCGAGGCUAUGACCCAAAUCGCUACCGGCUGCAUUUUGAGCGAGACAGUCGGGAGGAUGUGGAGAGAAGAAAGAGAGCUGCCCGGGAACAAGUGCUCCAGCCUGUUAGCUCGGAGCUGCUGGAGCUGGACAUUCGCGAUGUCUACCAGCCCGGCUCAGUAUUGGACUUUCCUCGCCGUCCUCCUUGGAACUAUGAGAUGUCCAAGGAGCAGCUAAUGAACCAGGAGGAACGGAGCUUCCACGAGUAUCUGGGGAAGAUUCAUGGGGCUUACUCCUCUGACAAACUCAGCUACUUCGAGCACAAUCUAGAGACAUGGAGGCAGCUGUGGCGGGUGUUAGAGAUGUCUGACAUUGUCCUGCUUAUCACUGACAUUCGGCAUCCAGUUGUGAAUUUCCCACCAGCACUUUAUGACUAUGUGACUGGAGAACUUGGACUGGCCCUGGUGCUGGUCCUGAACAAGGUGGACCUGGCUCCCCCAGCGCUCGUGGUUGCCUGGAAACAUUAUUUCCACCAGCACUAUCCUCAGCUCCACAUUGUCCUUUUCACCUCUUUCCCACGGGACCCUUGCUCUACACAGGACCCUGGCAGUGUCUUGAAGAAGAGUCGCCGGCGGGGAAGAGGAUGGACUCGGGCCCUGGGGCCAGAGCAGUUGCUGAGAGCCUGUGAAGUCAUCACUGCAGGGAAGGUGGACUUGAGCAGCUGGCGGGAGAAGAUUGCCAGGGAUGUCGCAGGAGCCACCUGGGGUAAUGGCUCUGGGGAAGAGGAGGAGGAAGAGGAUGGGCCCGCGGUGCUGGUGGAGCAGCAGACGGACUCAGCCAUGGAGCCCACUGGUCCUACACGGGAACGCUACAAGGAUGGAGUGGUGACCAUCGGCUGUGUGGGUUUCCCGAAUGUGGGGAAGUCCUCGCUCAUCAAUGGGCUGGUGGGCCGGAAGGUCGUGAGCGUCUCCAGAACACCGGGCCACACUCGGUACUUUCAGACCUACUUCCUGACCCCCUCCGUGAAGCUGUGUGACUGCCCUGGCCUCAUAUUCCCCUCCCUUCUGCCCAGGCAGCUACAGGUUCUGGCGGGGAUCUACCCCAUCGCCCAGAUCCAGGAGCCGUACACUGCCGUGGGCUACCUGGCCUCCCGAGUCCCUGUGCAGGUCCUGCUCCACCUGCGCCACCCGGAGGCUGAGGACCCCUCAGCCGAACACCCCUGGUGUGCCUGGGACAUCUGUGAAGCCUGGGCAGAGAAGCGUGGUUAUAAGACAGCCAAGGCAGCCCGGAACGACGUGUACAGAGCAGCCAACAGCCUCCUGCGGCUGGCGCUGGACGGCCGUCUCAGCCUGUGUUUCCACCCCCCGGGCUACAGUGAGCAGAAAGGCACCUGGGAGUCCCAUCCGGAGACCAUGGAGCUGGUGACUUCCCAGGGCAGGGCCAGGCCUGCAGGUGAUGAGGAAGAGGAGGAAGAGGAAGAGCUGAGUAGCUCCUGUGAGGAGGAGGGAGAGGAGGAUCGUGAUGCAGACGAGGAAGGAGAAGGGGACGAGGACACCCCCACCUCAGCUCCAGGUUCCAGCCUGACUGCCCGAAACCCUUAUGCCCUGCUGGGUGAGGAUGAGUGCUGAGUCCUGCCCUCUGCCAUCGUCCCAGUCACUCUCUCUGCUUUGGACUGACCUCUGGGGUAUCUCCCCUUUGCCACCCCAAUUGUGAAUAAAGAUUGUCUGCUUUGUAGCCCCUUCCCCAGAUGGACUGAGAUGAGAGCGGCUGCUUCAGGCUUAUAUUUGUGGGGAGACUUUUCUCCUCUCCUCCCCUUUUCAGUCAUUCUCUUUGCCAGAGAGAGUUGUCCUAGGGGUUCGGAGG